AUGAUCCGUCCCCUAUCCGUCCCCUCCCGUCCCUUAUCCGUCCAUACCUCUUUUGCGACUGGCUCCUUCCGCAGAAGCACGGGAGACGCGGUCCCGUCAAAGGCAAACGUAGAGACGAAUGCCGCUGCGACGGAAGCAGCAGCAGCAGCAGCAGGCGGGGGUGGAGCGGGAGGGGGAACAGAAGGAGACAGCAGGCCGGCAGGGGAAGCCAGUUCGGAUAAGAACGCCGAUCCGACUGAAGGAGCCAAUCAGGCGGAGGAGGGGACUCCGCGCGGGGAUGGCGGCGAGGGGGCGGGGGGGGCCGGGGGGCAUACGAUGAUCGGCGGGAGCAUCGUGGGGGACGUGCUGUACAGCAUCGCUACGGGCGAGGAGGAAGGGCGCUCGCGCGCUCGCAUCCUCGCAUUUGCCGCGAAACGGUAUCAGACGGCUGUCGAGCGCAAUCCGCGGGACUAUGAUGCGCUCUACAACUGGGCGCUAGUGCUGCAGGAGAGUGCGGACAACAGCGGGCCCGAGGCGGGGCUGCAGGGGAAGGACGCUCUUCUGGAAGAGGCGUGCCGCAAGUACCAGGCCGCUAGUGUGCUGUGUGGCACGCUGCAUGAGGCGUUUUACAACUGGGCCAUUGCCAUUUCCGACCGAGCCAAGAUCCGAGGCAGGACUGCCGAAGCUGAGGACCUCUGGAAGCAGGCGUGCAGCAAGUACGAGAGGGCAGUACAGCUCAACUGGGACUCGCCUCAGGCGCUCAACAACUGGGGGCUGGCGCUGCAGGAGCUGAGCACCAUCGUGCCGGCUAAGGACAAGAGGAAGGUGGUGCGCAAGGCAAUCAACAAGUUCCGAGCAGCCAUCCGCCUGCGCUACGACUUCCACCGAGCCAUCUACAACCUUGGCACUGUGCUGUACGGCUUGGCAGAGGACACAAUGAAGCAGGCGAAGAGCAAGACGGGGGUCAUGCCCGACCGCACCACCCACCCUGCCAACGAGGUCUACAGCCAAUCUGCUGUCUACAUCGCUGCUGCUCAUGCUCUCAAGGCUGAUUACCCUGUGUACCGCAAUGCUCUUCGGCUCGUGCGCACCAUGCUGCCCCUCCCGUAUCUCAAGGGCGGCUACCUCACAGUGCCACCUGGCGGCAACUCAUUGGCUCCCCAUGCGGAGUGGCUCAGGCUCUGGUUUGUGCUGGACCAUGAACGGCUCAAGGAGGGUAAGAAGCCUGAGCCUAAGCAACCCCACAGCAACCUGACCUCCCGCCGCAACACAGCCCACUCCCAGACCUCUGUAACAGCUUCGAUCGUCCAAAAGCUUGAACCUGCUCCCACCACUGCUGCCGCUCCUGUCGCGCCUGCCAAUGCCGGAACCCCUGGUUCAGCUGCUGCCAUGUCAGACGAGGGAAGGUGGUCAGACGGGGCGAUGGGUGGGCGGCCUAAUUUGUCGUCUAGCCUCGAGGGUGGAGUUUCUGCACUGCCGCCUCCACCGAUUCAAGUGGAUGUUGGCCAGAUUGUGUCAGUGGAGGCUUGUGCUGAUCUCAGCCUGCCGGCUGGCGGAGGCAUUGUGCUGGACACUGUAGAUGGGCCAUUUUACAUGAGCAGCUACGUUUUCAAAGCCCAGUCUCUCCCCUCUUCCACCUUCCUUUCUGCCCUGGGGUGGUCCCUCUCUUGCAAGCCCGAUGCCAAGGCACAAGCCGCAAAGGCCGCCAAGGCCCUGAAGAAGACGAGCAGGAAGAAGAUCCUCAAGGUCCGGACGUCCGUGCACUUCCACCGGCCCAAGACCCUGAAGAAGGCUCGCAGCCCCAAGUACCCCAGAAUCUCGGCUCCUCCCAUGCAGAAGCUCGACCAGUUCCGGGUGCUGAAGUUCCCGCUGACGACUGAGUCCGCAAUGAAGAAGAUUGAGGACAACAACACGCUGGUGUUCAUUGUGGAUCUGCUGGCCACCAAGAGGCAGAUCAAGGAGGCCGUCAGGAAGAUGUACGACAUCCAGUGCAAGAAGAUCAACACACUCAUCAGGCCUGACGGACAGAAGAAGGCGUACGUGCGGCUGACAGCAGACUACGAUGCUCUGGACAUUGCCAACAAGAUCGGCAUCAUCUAA